AUGGCGCACCCUGGCACCGCCCAUAAAUACACCAAAGGCCUCAUCGCCUUCGAACAUGCCUCGCCUCACCCUUCGUCCUCCUACAACACCAUCCUCUGGAUAGGCGGGCUGACAGACGGCCUCCUCACCGUCCCCUACCCUUCCCUAAUUGCCGCAUCACUCCCACCCACCUGGUCUCUCGCCGAAAUCCUCCUCACAUCCUCGUACAGCGGCUGGGGCACCGGUAGCCUGGCGCGCGACGCGACUGAACUAGGGGAAUGUGUGGCACAUUUCAAGAAGCUGAGACCGGGCAAGAAGAUUGUGCUUAUGGGACAUUCAACGGGGUGUCAGGAUAUCAUGGAAUACAUGCUUGGCAAGGGAGCAGAGGGGAGGGACAAAGUAGAUGGCGUGAUACUACAGGGUGGUGUAAGUGAUAGGGAGGCGUGGGAAGAUUACUACAAAGAAGGGGAAAGGAGAAAGCAACUAGAAGACGCGAUCCGGUCAUCCAAAGAACUAGUAGACGCAGGCAAAGGCGAAGAAAUCUUAUCACCAGAAAGAAAUUCCGUCUUCAAAGAUAUGGGCGGCCCACUCAACGCCUACCGCGCAUACUCCCUCCUCGCUAAAGGUGGCGACGACGACUACUUCUCCAGCGAUCUGCCCGACUCCCACUUCACCUCAACAUUCGGCCGUAUACCACCAACAACACCCGUCUGCUUCCUCCUCGGCUCCGACGACCCCUACGUCCCCGCGAGCAUCGACCGAGCAGCCCUACUCCAGCGCUGGACAAGGAUAAUACGGGAAGGCGGUGGUGUUGUGGAUGAUGAAGAUGGUGGUGUGGUACCGGGUGCACAUCAUAAUCUUGAUGGGGAUCCGGAAGAGGUUGUGCAGGAUCUUGUGAGGAGGGUGCUUGAAUUUGUUACGGGAUUGGGUGGAGAGAGGGCAUGGAAUAGUUAG